GUCGGGGGGUGCUCGCUUGCGCGGGCGUCCAUAGAAUCCCAUUAAGCCGUCACCCUCUUGAACUUCAUCUCUCGUCGUGUCGCUUUCGAUCGAUUCGGUCAGCCUAGGGCGCGAUGACGACGCUGUCUCGAUGUCCACCUCCCCAAGUAGAAUACCAAUCCUUGCUGUGGAAUAUAUUCUGUUUGACUCUGCUAUAUUCCAAUUGUGCCAGGCUGUCGCAGGUCCAGGCGGCUUGGAGGACUUCGAUGACCUUCUCACUGAUACCGACAUCGCAACAGCGCGUGGGCCGGACCGCUGCUGUCCUCAACUUGUCCUCAUCACCCAUGCAGUACCUCUCUAACGACCUAGCGAUGAGUGCUGGAUAUAUCUUACUUUCGUCCCUCCCAUUAGCAGCUACCGAGCUGAGAGCUCUACUCGCUCUGUAUCAGUUCGGAGUGGCGGUACGCGUUUCGCCAAGCAAUACCAGGGCGACGACGACGACAAGAACGCCGACGCAGCAGAAGGCCGUCAUGCAGAACUCCAGAAGCAAAUCAUCCUUCCGAAUCUCCUUCUCGAACCACGCAAGGGUGUGUGGUAGGGGUUCCUCGUCUCCCCCCUCAAGCUUCAUCAAUACAGUACACCCCUCCCAUCCAAGAAGCGCCGACAUAUCCCCUGUCUAACGCCACCUCCAGAGUCCAAUAUGUCGUCCGACCCGAGUUCGAGGAACGAACGAACCUGGAACCCGCGCGCCCCAACAUAUCGAAACACGGGCCCCAUCAGCACCUGACCGUCCGACGAACACGACGGCGAACCCCAACCGAUCGGUUUAUAUAGGGACGCGCGCGCCCUUGGGCGUCCCCUCCACGCCCACCCUCAGUGAACGUCCAACAUGCGCCUCUCGACCUCGCUGAUCGCCCUCGGUCUCGCUGCCUCCGC